UGUAGUGCCACCCCUUCAGCUAUUCAAGCCGGGCGUUUGCCGUCAUUCAGUGCCGAGCCUUGGGUCCCUCCUGAAAGGAGCAUGGACUGCAGCUCGGCAUCAACAUCCAAGGCCGAAGCUGCUGUGCCAGACGGUGAGGCAGACUAUGUAAACACGCAAAAAUGUGCAGACAUUUAUGAGGCUGCGGAACAGGGCAAUGUUUGUGCCGUGAGGCACUUCCUGCACCUUGACCCUGGGAGCUUGCAGCGUAAGGAUCAAGGAGACGGCCAAACGCCGCUGCAUUGGGCAGCUGAAAAAGGCCACGUUUCGGUGGUCGAGCUGCUGAUGACUUCCGGCGCCUCCGUAGAGGCAGAGGAUGCAUUUGGCCGGACGCCGCUGCACUGGGCGGCAGAAUUCAACAAGGCCAAAGUGGUGGACUCGCUGCUGAAGUCUGGCGCCUCCCUGCAGGUGAAGAGUAACAGCGGCAACACAGCACUACAUUGGGCAGCUCGGAACGGCCAUGCCGCCAUGGUCGAGAAGCUCAUCACCGCGGGGGCCGAGGUGGGCGCGGCCAACAAUGAGGGCAACACGGCACUGCAUUGGGCAGCUCGGAACGGACACGCCGCCGUGGUCGAGAAGCUGAUUACUGCAGGGGCCAAGGUGGACGCGGCCAACAAUGAGGGCUUGACGCCGUUGCUACUGGCGGACGGCCGCCCCCAGGUGGUCGAGCUCCUGACAUCCGCCAAGGACGGCCGUAUGGCGUUGCCGAACACCUUAUGAGGUGGCCAUGGCUGGCCAUGGGCCUCGUGGCCACAGUGCUAGCGAGGCUGUGCUGGCCAAAGGUCAGCCAUUGGAGCUGAACACGUCUCUUCUCAGAAAGGGAAAUCGAUGAGGAGAAAUUGCAACCAAUGUGAUUCGGCCUUGAGACAACAAUUAGAAUGAAUAGCGUGGU